CUCUCAUUCUCAUUUCCCUUUAACAUAGCAACAGUCCGGCAUAAUUUCCUGAUACAUUUGGCAAUCCCGCAGAAAAUUGUUUUGUUUUGUUUGACAACUUUGCAAUUCUCAGCUGAGUUAGUAAUUUGAACUUAUAAAAUGUAAUUAACAAGUGUUUUCUUUUUAUUUUUUAAUAUUUUAUCUGCUAACUACCCUUAAGUUCAUUUUUAUAAAGCAAAAUGAAUAAAUUAUUUGUGACAGUGUUCAUUAUAACAUCUUUUAUUUCCUUUGGUUCAUGUGUUGACAUCAAAAUCGAUCUGUCUGCGUUUGAUCCUCAAGAUAACGAAUACAGUGUGUUCAAAAAGUACUACAAUUUAACGGAUAGGUUCACAAAAAUUAAUAUUACGAAUAUUAGAGACGAUGUCGGAUUUUUUAUUAUACAGGUCCAUACCUAUGUUGAGAAUGUCACUUUGUCUAGUACUACUAAACUUAAUUUGGGAUCAUAUGUCAUAGGAACAAAUAUAGGAUUAGUUUGGGAUUCUGAUAAUAACACAGCUUUGUUUUAUUUGUCGAGGAACAUAAAAGUUGAGCAAUCCCUUCAAAUAUUAUUGGUUAUCAGCUUGUAUGAUGAAGAUGACCCUGUACCGGGUGGUUGCAAUCUUUCGUUUGAAACUGAUGUGGCCCCCUAUCAAUUAACAGAAUACAACGAUGAUGUUAUAAUAGUAAAAAGUCAACCCCCUUCCAUCCAAGGAGCACCAAAUUGUGAUGAUAAAAAAGUACAAGUAGACAUGUAUCAUCUUUACCUUUAUGAAUAUGACAAUACAGUUGAAACUUAUUUUAAAAACCUAGAAAAAAUGUUAACUGUUAAAGAUAUUUUAAAAAAUGGAAGACAAGUGCCUGAUAUUGGUAUCAAUAAGAAAUAUAAUAGGAUGUAUAGUUCUUAUAGGGGUACAGGUGAAGUGUUUGCUGUAGUUUCUAAGUACAAAAAUAGUACCUCUGCUUAUGUGCCCACUGUGUCUUAUGGCUGUGAUUUGUUGAAAUGGCAGGAAAGUUGUCUUGCACCAGUUGAAAUUCAUUGGAAAUUCUUUUGCGCUUGUCUACUUAUUUUUGGAUUAUUUAUAUGUUUCUUUGGACAUCGAUUUUUUAAGUUAACUUUAUACAUCAUAAGUUUUUCUUUCGGAUUAACAGUAACCUAUCUAGUGAUAUCAAUGGAAGAACAUUACUCGUUUACUGAAAGAACCAUUACUGCCUUUACUGUAGGAUUCUUUUAUGGUAUCAUUUGGCUCUUAAUUUGGCGUAGGUUUGGCAUCCCUGUGCUAACUGUAACUUUGGCUUUUAUAAUGUCAGGAUUUUUAGCAGCUUCACUACUGUUCAAUACAGUUUUAGCUGAUAUCUAUGUACUCACUAACUCUGUGAAUUUCUGGCUAAGCUUCAUGUCCGUUAUUCUACUAUGUAUCAUCAUUUCCUUACCCCUAAUGUUGAUUGGACAUAUUUCUGCCAUCGCUUUUUUGGGUGCCUAUGGAUGUGUUGCAGCUCUUAGUUUUUACGUGGGUGGAAAUAUGCCCUAUAUUUUAAUCAACACAUAUAGAAGGGUGGCUGUUAAAGAUUUUAACACUGCUGUGAUAGAUUUUCCAAUGCAAAUGAUAGAUAUUGUGCAAGCUCUACUGUGGCUCCUUCUUUUGCUCUUUGGAGUAUUCAUCCAACUACGACACCAGAUUGGUAAACCACCUUUUCCACCGAAUAGGAAUGUCAUAUUGGCAGAAUCCAGAGUCUCCGAAACUACGCCACUGCUGUAUCACGAUAUAUUUGCUCCACCGAGUCCUCCUCCAAGUUAUAAUCCAUACUAUACUACAUAUUAAUAUAUGUAAUUAAGUCUGGUUAAAAAAAAA